AUGACGUUCCGUCUCGUGGAAGGCGAAGCCCGGGUUACUGCCACAGCCACGAAGCCCCGAGCAUUUAGCACUUUGGGGAAGAUGCUACUCGCCUUUUGGGAACUUGUGUUGGAGCAGCCAGGGGGUGGAAUAUUUGCAGGGGUGAAGCGGCCUGUGGUGAUAUGAUGAGUCUUUUGACAUGCUGAGGUCGUGCAGGGGCUUUUACCUGCAGGUUUUAUGCAUUUCAAGUAUGGACUGUAUGCGCCCCGCCUCCUAACACAGGGUGUGAAUCGAGGCCAGUGGGGGAGCAGAAAAAGCAGAGCCCCUCCAGGCCACAGAAGAAGCCCGACUUUUGAGGGCACUGUCUUCUGGAGCCGUGUCAGUUCCAAAAGCUCCAGUCCUUCUCUGAGAGGGAGACCAGGUGAUGGCAGCCAUGCUCCUGACAGCCUGGCCCCAGAAGUCGGUGACCUUUGAGGACGUGGCUGUGUACUUCACCCAGACGGAGUGGGAUGGCCUGUCCCCUGCACAGAGGGCUCUGUACAGGGAUGUGAUGCUGGAGAAUUAUGGGAAUAUGGCCUCCCUGGGAUUUCCCCUUCUCAAACCUACUGUGAUCUCACAGCUGGAGGGAGGAGGUGAGCUGGAGGGCCCAUCUCCACUGGUCUCUGGAACAGGCACAGGCCCCCAGGGCCUCUGGACUGUAAAUAUUGAUAUCCAGACUGACAAUAAUUUGACAGAGGAAAUGUAUGAAGAAAAACAUAAUACAUCAUUUGAACUUCAAAGGAACUCUUCCCAGGAAACAGACUUUUCAGAAACCUAUAUUCUAGAGAAACAGCAGGAAGUCCACUCGGUAGGAAGUAUGGAGAAAGAAAACAGGAGUGUCAUUGAUGGGACAGUGAAAGACGAUAUAAGCCCCAUGGAGGAGUGUUUCUUUAGGCAAAGUCCAAACUUGAAUCAGUGUCAUACCAUCUCCACUGGAGAGCAGCCCCCUGAGUGUACAGGAUUGGAGAAAGCCUUCAGCUUUGACACAAAACUUAUUCAACAUGAAAUAAUUAAUUCUGGGGAAAGACCUUUCAAAUGUGAAGAAUUAGUGGAAAGCUUUAGGUGUAACUCUCAACUUAAUCAGGAUCAAGAUAGCUACACUGGGGAGAAGCCCCAUCAACCUAAGGAGUGUGGCAAAGCCGUUAGCGUUAAUGCAAAAUUAAUUUGGCAUCAAAGACUUCACAGUGGGGAGAAGCCCUUCAAAUGUGUAGAGUGUGGAAAAAGCUUCAGUUACAGUUCCCAUUAUAUCACACAUCAGACUAUCCACAGUGGGGAGAAGCCCUAUCAGUGUAAGGUGUGUGGCAAAGCCUUCAGCGUUAAUGGGAGUCUGAGUAGGCAUCAGAGAAUCCAUACAGGAGAGAGGCCCUAUCAGUGCAAGGAGUGUGGGAAUGGCUUUAGCUGCAGUUCUGCAUAUAUCACACAUCAGAGAGUCCACACUGGAGAGAAACCUUACGAGUGUAAUGACUGUGGGAAAGCUUUCAAUGUUAAUGCAAAAUUAAUUCAACAUCAGAGGAUCCACACUGGAGAGAAACCUUAUGAAUGUAAUGAGUGUGGGAAAGGCUUCAGGUGCAGCUCCCAGCUUAGGCAGCAUCAGAGCAUCCACACUGGAGAGAGACCCUAUCAGUGUAAGGAGUGUGGAAAAGCCUUUAGUAAUAAUGCAAAACUCAUUCAGCAUCAAAGAAUUCACACAGGAGAGAAACCCUAUGCGUGUACUGAAUGUGGAAAAGCCUUUGGCGUCAAAGGGAAGUUAAUCCAGCACCAGAGAAUCCACACGGGUGAGAAACCCUAUGAGUGUAAAGAAUGUGGGAAAGCCUUCAGGUGUAACUCCCAGCUUCGGCAGCAUCUGAGAAUCCACACCGGGGAGAAGCCCUAUGAGUGUAAUGAGUGUGGAAAGGCCUUCAACGUUAAUGCAAAACUAAUGCAGCACCAGAGGAUUCACACUGGGGAGAAGCCCUUUGAAUGUAAUGAGUGUGGGAAAUGCUUUACUUCUAAAAGAAACCUACUUGAUCAUCACCGAAUCCACACUGGAGAAAAGCCUUAUCAGUGUAAGGAAUGUGGGAAAGCCUUCAGCAUCAAUGCCAAACUAACUAGGCAUCAGAGAAUACACACGGGGGAGAAACCAUUCAAAUGUAUGGAAUGUGAGAAAGCAUUUAGCUGUAGUUCUGACUAUAUUGUACAUCAGAGAAUCCAUACUGGAGAGAAACCCUUUCAAUGUAAGGAGUGUGGAAAAGCCUUCCAUGUUAAUGCCCAUUUAAUUCGGCAUCAGAGAAGCCACACUGGGGAGAAACCCUUCAGAUGUGUGGAGUGUGGCAAAGGCUUCAGCUAUAGUUCUGACUGUAUUAUACAUCAGACUGUCCAUACUUGGAAGAAACCCUAUGUGUGUAAUGUGUGUGGGAAAGCCUUCAGGUUUAGCUUCCAACUUAGUCAGCAUCAGAGUGUCCAUAGUGAAGGAAAGUCCUAAUGAGAAGGAUGUAGAAAACUGUCAAGGUUAAUGCUGAACUAGAUCAAGUAUCCUCAGAUUCACCCUGGUGGAAAACCCUGAGAGAGAAAUGGAUAUGGCAGAGUCUUCACAAGAAAACAAAUCUUUUCCAUUUUAUUCAAUUUUAGAUCAAGAAUGACAGCCAGUUUUAAAAUAACAUCCAAAAAUAAAUAGUUUGUUUUAUACCCACAACCAAUAGAAAAUAUAAUGAAAGAAAAUAUCCCAUUCCCAACAGCAUCAAGAAAAGUUGAUUUUCUAGAUAUAAACUUAGUAGGACCUAUGUGGAGAAAUUAUAAAUCUCUGCUGAGGGGCACAAAAGGAAAGUUAAAUAAAUGGGGGGGGGAGAGAGAGUGAUACCUUGUUCUUAGAUAGAAAAACUGAUAAAGAUACUACCUACCUAAAUUAAUUUAUUGCCCUUUUACUUUUGACAACAAGCAUGCAUCACUUUUGUA